AUGAGCACGAAAAGGAAUGAUUUGAGUUUAUCUAAAAAAAUAGAAGUCUUGGAAGAAAUAAAUUUUAAAAAAUCCCAAUCUGAAAUUGCGAAUAAAUUUGGAAUUUCUCAAACUCAAGUUUCGAGGAUAAAAAAAAAUGGUGAAAGCAUUCGAAAGGAAUAUGCGAGUAAUGGAAGCCUCAGUAGAAAAAGAAAGAGAAAAUCGAAUUUUGAUGACGUAGAUCAAGCUAUGUUGGACUGGUUUCAAGCGAAAAGAGCUAAAGGUGCAUUGAUCAACGGAGCAAUGAUCCAACAGAAAGCAAUGGAAAUUUCAAAAAAUUUUGAAAACUGUGAAAAGUUUAUUGCUUCAAACGGUUGGCUUUACAGAUGGCAGCAGCGGAAUAAUUUAAGUUUCAAGAUCGGACAUGGAGAAUCUGGCUCUACAGAUGAUUCUACAUGUGAAAUUUGGCGAGAAAAGACAUUAGUGCCUUUGCUUCAGGAAUAUGGUGCGGAGAAUAUUUUCAAUUGCGAUGAAACGGCCCUUUUUUACCGCGCAAUGCCAUCAGGAACAUUGGCUAAAAGAGGAGAAAAAGUCCCAGGUUAUAAGAAAAAUAAAGACAGAGUGACUUUAUUAUUUUGUGCCAAUCAAGCGGAGACAGAAAAGCUUGAGCCCUUAAUGAUUGGAAAAAGCAAGCAGCCGAGGUGCUUAAAAGGGAUACAGAAGUGCCCGAUUCCGUAUAUGCAUUCUCGAAAUGCGUGGAUGACGAGGAACAUUUUUAGAAAAUGGUUGGUCGACUUAGAUUUGGAUUUUAAACGGCGAAAUAAAAAAGUAGUCUUAUUUCUUGACAAUGUUUCUAGUCAUAAAAUAGACUCACUACGCCUGACCAAUAUCAUUUUACAAUUUCUUCCCGCGAAUGCAACUUGCAAAAUUCAACCUCUUGAUCAGGGAAUUAUCCGUUCCUUUAAAGCCCGCUAUCGAAAGCAAGUGAUUCAAGAGGUCUUGCGCUUCUUGGAAGAAGCUACACCAGAAGAAUCAUUGCUGUCAGUUUAUAAAAAAAUAAACCUCUUGACGGCAAUGCACUUCGUGAAACGUGUGUGGGAUAGUGUCCCAAUGGAAGUGGUUAAGAACUGCUUCAAAAAAGCCCAAUUUUUCCCACCCGAGGAAAUUAGAGAUGAUGAAACAGUCCAGUCAUCUACGACUUAG